GUGAACGCGGCGCGCCGGCUAUACGCUAUUCCUCUACUACGGCCCCUCUUUCGCGUCACGAGGGACACCACCUGCCCGAUUCAAGGGGAGCAACCUGGGUCAAUAAUGUCCCAGUGCACGCGACACGGCGUACAACAGACAGACAGACAGACCCACGGUCCCACCGAAAUAUCCGAAUACUGUUCACGAUGUUCUAUGGAACUGCUGCUCGCACCUUGUUCGCGUCCACUUAGUUCUGUAGUUUGGAUUAGUUAGUUUGUUAGUGACUCCAGUGAGCAAUUGGUGAAAUGUAAAAACCGUCGAGGAUUAUAUAAAAUAUGAACAUUCAGACGUUAUCACGGGUUGCAGUCGCGGCAAGAAUGUGUAGCCGGGCGUUAUUGCUCGUGCUGCUAACUGCGUUCGUGUCUGCAGCUGACGGGGAUAAGCUUCAGGUGGGUCAGUCGAUGGACAUAAUGAGCAGAUAUGGGUAUCUGGGUAUCACGAUGAGAGUGGUCGCACGGAACGAGAGCGAUACCAGCUGGAUAUUUAGGGAACCCACGUACGACGUGUUCGCAAAUCUGGAUCCGUUAACGGUGCACCCGCGGAGGAGUGCCAAGAGCGGCAGCUUCAACGGGGAAUUCCACAUGGAAUUCUGCGACAACCUACGGCAACUCAAGCAAGCAUACUUCAGGGACUUCGCGUUCGAAGGCUUGGACAAGCCUUGGCAGGCUUUCACCACCGGCUGGAGUUCGCCGGAGACGAUAGCCCGACACAUGGGUAUAAACUCAUCUUUCGUUCACGGCGACUACUGCUAUGUAUUAGUGCGGUUAUCUCGUUUCUGGGACAACGUUAAACUCUCGAGGUUGCCGAACAAUGUGAAUCUUCUGGAGAAUAUGGCCGAGGAAAUUGAGAAGAUCUUUGUGGGCGAUGUGGCGAGCGUCCUCAUGUUCACCAGGCGCGUCGGAACGCACUACAUCAAUUCCUUCGUUACUGGAAAUUCCUUAUACCAGGUAUUUGUUUACCACAAACCUAUAUAUCUAAGGAUACGGGAGCGCCUGAAAACUAGGGGUAUCAAGAAUUUGAGUCCGGUGGAGCUGUCGAACUUCUUCAGCCCGUGGUACGCAGAGCAUAUAGGUCAAAUCCAAGUAGCGAGUGGCAACAAAACGGUGAAGCAUUGGGCCACAAAUCGCCUACGCGUACACUAUUACAUAUUUUCGUAUACCAGCCUCAUGAAGAUCCACGGAGAUACGAAAUUGCUGAGCGAUUUGAACGGACUCCUCCAGAACGAGGCUCUUCUACAGUUGGAUCUGCGAAGUCUGACGCCAGUGUUCAAAGAUCCUGUGAAGCGCGAGUGGUUCAACGAAAUUUUAGAUAAUUAUUUAAAUCUGCUCGAGGAGAACAGUUGAGACCAGGGAUAUUUUGAAUUCGAAACGACUACGAAAGACUACUCGUGAUAACCACUUGUGAUACAAAGAAGAAGAAAAAAAAGAAAAAACUACCGCCGGACCAGUGACAGAACUGCAAUUUAUUAUUUUUUGUUUAUUAUUAUUUUGUUAUAUACCUUUCUACUCAG